CGGUUAUGUUUUAGUAAUCUCAGAUGCCUCGCAUGUAGCGUUUUAGUCUGUCAUACCGUGGCGAUAGUGGGAAUCACAGACAGUUUGAACUGUAAACGAUAAAUAUUUGUUUGUCGUUUUGUGACUUGUAUUACGAAGGAAAUGCUACCAGCGUUGUGGUUGUGGCUGCGAAGUCAUCGGAUUACAGCAGGCUGCUGUCUACUGUCAUCUGUGGUAAUGGCUGCCGCGGGCGGUAGCAGCUGUUUGUGUUGGAAGUGCGUGCGUUCUAAACAGCAUUUUGUUGGUGUUUUAUGUGUCUGGAAUCGUCAUAUAGGAAGUGAAUGAAUAUCCUUGGACAACAUCAAUGACCGAAGAUCACACAUUACCCAAAGGACAGUUACUAACCGAAGAGAAAAGUCGAGCAAAUUCUGUUGUGUCGCUGUCAUCGUCUGGUGUGUCAGACGAAGUGAGCAUAUUGCCAGAAGUGACUUUCGCGCCGGGUUCAAACAAUAGUGGCACAAUUGAUUCCCCACGGGUUAAUAGAGAAAACCAGCCGCUCUUAGGGCGGAUGGAAUUGGAUGUCACAUUCAAUAACUUUCCGGAUGAUCCCCAGUUCUCUGAACUUGUGCGACAGGCAGAAUACGCUAUAGACAAUGGAAUAUACCCCGAAAGAAUUUACCAAGGGUCAAGUGGAAGUUACUUUGUUAAAAAUCCUGCAGGUAAAAUUAUUGGAGUUUUCAAACCAAAGGAUGAGGAACCUUAUGGAAGACUGAAUCCCAAGUGGACUAAAUGGAUGCAUAAACUGUGUUGUCCGUGUUGCUUUGGACGGUCAUGCCUUAUACCAAACCAAGGAUACCUUUCUGAAGCAGGUGCCAGUUUGGUGGACCAGAAACUGCAACUGAAAGUAGUACCUAAGACUAAGGUUGUGAAAUUGGUAAGUGAAACAUUCAAUUAUCCACGCAUUGAUCGAGAAAAGGCCCGCAUGAAGAGAGCGAUUAUGGCACAGUUUCCAAAUGUGGGACGACAUUUCAACAGAAUAGGCCUUAGGCCGAAGGUUGGGUCUUUCCAGUUAUUUGUUGAUGGUUACAAGGAUGCUGAUUAUUGGCUCAGGAGGUUUGAAUUGGACCCUUUACCUGCAAAAGUUCAACGAGAUUUUCAGCUGAAGUUUGAACGGCUUGUUGUAUUAGAUUAUAUAAUUAGAAAUACAGAUCGAGGAAAUGAUAAUUGGCUCAUAAAAUAUGAUCAACCAAAUAUUCAGUCACAUAUUAAUUCAAAUGGUGGAGAAUUGCUGGAUGCAACAGAAUGGAAUGUUGUUCAGCUACCAGAGAUAGAUAUAGCAGCUAUAGAUAAUGGUCUUGCAUUCCCUUUUAAACAUCCUGACUCGUGGAGAGCAUAUCCAUAUCAUUGGGCAUGGCUGCCUUAUGCUAAAGUUCCAUUCAGCAAAGAAAUUAGAGAACUUGUUCUGCCUCAGCUGUCUGAUAUGAACUUUGUUCAGGAUCUUUGUGAUGAUCUCUACCUACUGUUCAAGCAAGACAAGGGCUUUGAUCGUCACUUAUUUGAGAGGCAGAUGAGUGUCAUGAGAGGACAGAUCCUCAAUUUGACCCAAGCAUUGAAGGACGGUAAAAGCCCUGUGCAGCUUGUUCAGAUGCCAGCUGUAAUUGUUGAAAGGUCAAAGGGACAUGUAGGAACAACAUCACGUUUCCGUUCAUUCAGUGAUACCUUCACACAGCGCUUCCAGAAUAAAAGCCCAUUUUUCUCAUGGUGCUGAUACAGACAUGAAAUAUUUCCAAGGAACAAUGUGAGACUGUUUAUUCGUUUACGAAGUCAUGUGAGAGGAUUGUAUAAUCACAUAUUUACGUAUAAUUUUGUACAGUGCUCCUUUAUUUUAAGGAGGCAUGAAAAUAUAAUAAUAGCCUUUCCCAGUGCCCAUUCCUGUAUUUUUAAACCUCAUGCUGACUAUUUUUAAAGAUCUGAUGUUCAUUUUGUAUGAUUGUUUUCUCCAUAUAAUUUCACCAUAGUCAAUCAGAAAGUAGCAUGUGGUGCGUAAGAAAUAUUGCGAAUGUUUUCAAUUUUUUUUUUCAUAUUAAAUCAAAAGGGAAAGUAAUAUUUUUUUCUUUCUUUUUGGUAGCAUACAGCUUUAAAUAUAAAUAUUUCUGAAACUUGACAGAUAUGAACAAUUGUUAAUAAACUUGAAGCGAUCAUGCUCUUUCCUUUUUCUCAAAGAAAAACUGAUUUUAGAUUUGCAUCAUUGUUACA